CAAUCAGCACGUCCCUUCCUCAGACCCCUCCCCUACUUCAGAUGAGAUUUAUAGUGGCCCUCUGCUCCACUCUAAUGUUGCUUCAGCUUCUCAAAGUCUAAGCAGUCAGGGGUCCACACAGCUGCAGGAUUAUGGCACCAGGAAAGAAGGGAGUCUUGGAGCGUCUUGACGCUGGAGAGGUUGUGAUUGGUGAUGGAGGCUUCGUGUUUGCCCUGGAGAAGAGAGGCUACGUGAAGGCCGGGCCCUGGACCCCCGAAGCUGCCUCAGAGCACCCUGAAGCAGUGCGUCAGCUGCACAGAGAGUUCCUGAGGGCUGGGUCUAAUGUCAUGCAGACCUUCACCUUCUAUGCCAGUGAUGACAAACUGGAGAACAGGGGCAACAAGCUCACCUUCACUGGAGCUCAGAUCAAUGAGGCCGCCUGCGACUUGGCCCGUGAGGUUGCCAAUGAAGGCGACGCUCUGGUAGCAGGUGGAGUGUGUCAGACUCCUUCCUACCUGAGCUGCAAGAGCGAGACGGAGGUGAAGGCCAUCUUUAAGAAGCAGCUGGAUGUGUUCAUCAGGAAAGACGUGGACUUCCUGAUUGCUGAGUACUUUGAGCAUGUUGAAGAGGCCGUGUGGGCUGUGGAGGCACUGAAGGAGACAGGGAAGCCUGUGGCCGCCUGUCUGUGCAUUGGACCAGAUGGAGACAUGCACGGUGUCUCUCCUGGAGACUGUGCGGUCAGACUUGUCAAAGCUGGUGCCCAGAUCGUGGGAGUCAACUGUCACUUCGACCCCCUGACCUGCGUGAAAGCUGUCAAGAUGAUGAAGGAGGGAGUGGAGGCAGCCGGGCUGAAGGCUCACUACAUGGUGCAGCCAUUGGCUUUCCACACACCCGACUGCAGCUGUCAGGGAUUCAUCGAUCUGCCAGAAUUCCCCUUCGGUCUGGAGCCCAGGAUCCUGACCCGCUGGGACAUGCACAAGUACGCCAGGGAGGCCUUCGAUGCUGGCAUCCGCUUCAUUGGGGGCUGCUGUGGGUUUGAGCCUUAUCACAUCAGGGCUGUGGCAGAGGAGCUGGCAACAGAGAGAGGCUGCGUCCCUGCUGCAUCAGAGAAACACGGAAACUGGGGUGCUGGUCUGGAGAUGCACACCAAGCCCUGGGUCAGAGCCAGAGCCCGCCGUGACUACUGGGAAACCCUGAAGCCAGCCUCUGGUCGUCCCCUGUGUCCCUCCCUUUCUCAACCUGAUGGCUGGGGUGUCACCAAGGGCCACACUGAUCUUUUGCAACAGAAAGAGGCCACCUCUCAGGACCAACUCAAGCAGCUGUUCGACAGAACAAAGAGCCAGUGAGCCAGUCUGUCUCCUUCAGACUGAGUCAAACAGCCAUUCUGUGCAGCUGCUGAUGCUACACAGAGGCGUGCACUGUCUGUAUACUGAGCUGCACCUAACAAACAUCAUGUUAGAGGCUAAAUCUUCACUUGAGACUGCAUCUGUUCUGUGCAUGUGUUGAUGGUUAAACUGUAGUUUAUGAGAAGCCAGUCAUGUUUCAAGUGAAGAGUCGGCCCAUCUUUAGGUCGAGACCUUUUUACUUUCCAUGGACCAGUUUAUUUAAUAAAAUAAAUCAAAUAAAAUG